CGGAAAACAUCGUUUUGUGAUUGACAACUCAGCAAAAAGUAAACAAAUAACAUUUAUUACCAAUAAUUUUCUUUUUUUAUCCUUAAAAAUUGGUGAAAAGGUUUUUGGGCUGUGCUCUUUUAUUUGAAUCUCUCUCUGGGAUUUUUGUAGAUUUUGUGUAAUAUUGUAAUAUUGGGUACUUUGGAUAACAAAAAGCAUGUCCUUGUAUGACGGUCACGAUGAUUCUCAGCACCAUUUGAAUCACAUUCUGCAGCAGCCACACGACUCAUCCGGAAACGCUCAAAUGGCGUCUCCGUCGCAAAAUAGCCCCAUGGGAGUCGCCUCAACGGCCGGGGCUACCACAACACAGUCCUCCGUGAAGACAAGCUCCAGUUCUGACAACACCACGGGGCAGAUCCUCACGAAACCCCGUCUGCAGGAGCUUGUACGGGAAAUCGAUCCCACCGAACAACUAGAUGAGGAAGUGGAAGAACUCCUUCUGCAAAUUGCGGAUGAUUUUGUGGAGAAUACAGUGACUGCUGCCUGUCUUCUGGCUAAGCAUAGAAAGGUCUCAAAAGUCGAAGUCAAGGACGUCCAAUUACAUUUGGAACGCAACUGGAAUAUGUGGAUCCCUGGCUUUGGGACGGAUGAAUUGAGACCUUACAAGAGAGCCACCGUCACGGAGGCACACAAGCAGCGAUUAGCUCUCAUCAAGAAGGCAAUCAAGAAGUACUGAGAAUCGCAAACUUACCGCAAUGGGGAUCAUCAUACUGAAUAAAUCAUUUUAAAAAUUGUAAGAAAUUCUUUUGAAAUAUUUCUUUUGAGUUUUUGUUGAAUUUUUUUAAAGAAAAUUAUCAUUUAUGCAUAGAGAUAGAGGAAGAAUUAAAAUGUGAACAAUCUUCAUUUUCCUGCCGUGAUUGCCAAUCUCAACAGAAGAUCGCGCGGGAUCGCGUGACUAAACAAAUAAAAUUAAUUGAAUUGAAAUGCAAAAACGAUCUUACCUUGAAUUUAAUUUUGUUCAAAUAAAAUCCUAAAUUGGAUCUUAAAAGAAAACAUUUGACAACUAAAAAAGAAUUAUUUUUCAACGCAAUGAAAUCACCUUGACUGCGAAAUUUCUCAAAUAAAAUACAUUUUUCUAUGGUUAAUUCACACAAGAUUUAUUUUGAUAUCAAUAUGAAUACAGAUAAGAUUAGAUUGCCUGUAAAAUUCAUUUAUGCUGAAUUAUCCUUAUUUGCUAAAUUCAUUAUAAUCUUCCUCAUCAAUAUUCGUGGAAACAUUGUCAAUUUUUUUAAAGAUUAAAUGAAGCGAUAAGUACUCUA